AAUCAGAAAUCUCGUUACAAUGCUUGCACAUGCGUCGUUCAAAAUGGCCGAAAAUCACAACAUUUCGCCGGCAAUAUUUCCUCCACCAGAAACUCUGCAAAAUGAAGCCCACGUCAAAAGUAUGGAGCAAUACAGAGACAUGUACAAACACUCAGUCGAAGAUCCAGAUGGUUUCUGGGGCGACAUCGCUCGCGAAUUUCACUGGGCGUCCCCACCAACGGGGAAAUUUCUUGAGUACAACUUCGAUGUGAGAAAUGGGUCCAUAUUUAUAAAGUGGAUGCAGGGAUCAAAAACGAACGUCUGCUACAAUGCGCUUGAUAGGCAUGUCAAAAAUGGAUUGGCUGAUAAAAUUGCCUUUUAUUGGGAAGGGAAUGAUCCGCAUGACAGUGGACACAUUACAUACAGUCAGCUGCUAGACAAAGUCUGCCAGUUUGCUAAUGUUCUCAAAAGCCUGGGAGUCCAGAAGGGUGACCGUGUGGCCAUCUACAUGCCCAUGAUCAUAGAAAUCACAGUAGCUCUGCUAGCCUGUGUCCGCAUUGGAGCCAUGCAUUCUAUAGUGUUCGGAGGCUUUUCAGCGGACUCAUUGGCAGAUCGAAUUUUAGACGCAAAAUGUGCAAUAGUUAUCACAGCAGAUGGCGUGUGGCGGGGUAAUAAACUGUUGAACCUCAAGGAUAUUGUGGACAGUGCAGUCAAGAAAUGCCAUGCUGAAGGUCACACAGUGGAGCAUGUUGUAGUGGCUCGUCACCUGCUUCCCUCUGAGGAGUACGUUGUCCCCGAGGAUGACGGUGACCACCGUCCUGCCCGCCGUCCAUCCCACGUUCUCAAGAUUAGCUGGUCCAGCCCACGCGAUAAGUGGUGGCAUGAGCUUGUGGCCGGGGUGUCCACGUCCUGUGACCCGGAGUGGCUCGACGCAGAGGACCCCCUGUUUAUGCUUUAUACAAGUGGGUCAACAGGCAAGCCAAAGGGGGUGCUACACACCCAGGCUGGCUACAUGCUGUAUGCAGCGACCACGUUCAAGUACGACUUUGACUACCAGCCAGACGACAUUUUCUGGUGUACGGCCGAUGUUGGCUGGAUUACAGGCCACACCUAUGUAACAUACGGACCUCUGAUCAACGGCUCCACAAGCCUCAUUUUUGAAGGUAUUCCCACAUUCCCUGAUCCAGGCAGAUUCUGGGCAGUAGUUGAAAAGUACAAGGUUACCAAGUUCUACACAGCACCCACUGCUAUCCGGACACUCAUGGGCUUUGGAGAUGACUAUGUCACAAAGUACAAUCGCAGCUCUUUGAAAGUGAUAGGCACUGUUGGGGAGCCCAUCAACCCAGAGGCCUGGCUGUGGUAUUACAAUGUGGUCGGCAACAAGAAAGCAGCUGUUGUGGAUACAUUCUGGCAGACAGAAACUGGAGGCCAUGUGAUCACACCUUUGCCAGGAGCAACACCUACCAAACCAGGAUCUGCAACAUUCCCAUUCUUUGGCGUGGUUCCUGUGAUACUGAACGAGGAAGGCAAGGAGAUUGAAGAUGAUCAGGAAGGCUAUAUUGUAUUCAAGCAGCCAUGGCCUGGUAUAAUGAGGACGGUAUACGGGGACCAUCAACGUUUUGAAACAACCUACUUCAAGAAAUUCCCAGGCUAUUACUGCACUGGUGAUGGUGGACGCCGUGACAGCGAUGGCUACUUAUGGAUCACUGGCCGUAUAGACGACAUGGUGAAUGUGUCAGGGCACCUGCUGAGCACCGCAGAGAUUGAGUCGGCCCUCGUAGGGCAUCCUGCCGUCACCGAGGCAGCAGUGGUUUCACACCCGCACCCUAUCAAGGGCGAGUGUACUUACUGCUUUGUGACCUUAAAACAGGGUUACACUUACUCUGAAGAAUUGACAUUGGAAUUGAAGCAAGCUGUGAGGACCAAGAUUGGACCGUUUGCAACUCCAGACUACAUGCAAGAAGCCCCCGGUCUGCCGAAGACUCGAUCAGGCAAGAUCAUGAGGCGCGUGCUGAGGAAGAUUGCAGUCGGGGAUCACAAUAUAGGGGAUGUCACCACACUAGCUGACGAGAGCGUAGUGGAUUUGUUGUUUAAACUUAGACCAACGGACGCUUAGAUGCAAUUGAAUUUGAGGUGGCACAUUUUCUGUUCUUAAUGAUUAUAGCAGUAAUUAAUGAAUGGACAAUUCAAAGCCUGUCCUUACUGAAAUAUUUCUAAUGGACAUUUUACAAAUUAAAAUAAAAGUAUGCUUUCAAGUAUGUAUGUUUUUUUGCGGACUUAUUCAUAUAUUUUUCCAGGCGAUAAUUGGAGUUGCAUUUGUUAUAUUCUGCUCAUGCUUUUGAAUGCAGUUAUUAUAACAAUAAAUAUUAUAAAAGAUAUAGUUUUCAGUGAAAUAAAAUCUGUUAACUUUCACUAGGAUUAGUGCCUCUUUCAAAUGUGUUGAAUUGUAUGUGAUGGUCUACAGCUUUAUGUAGAUAAUGUUGUGAACAAUUUAUUUGUAAGAUUAUUUGGAUUAUUUGUCAGUAUCCUCAUACACACAAAAUGAAAAUAUGCCUGAUAGUUCAUGUGUUUAAUAGUGUGUUGUUACAUCUGGGUUUGUCAGUGUAAAUAUGCAUACUGUAUAGUUCAGUGAUUUAAUGUUGUGGGUGUUUUGUACAGUUUGAGAGAGAAACUUUUGAGUCGCCUGUGCGUAAAAUGUUGUCCCAGAUUAGCGACACAAUACAAAUACAUUUAUAUGGAAUUAUAAUUUAUAGGGAGUCUCUUCUUAACAAAAGUCAUACAAUUUUUGUAACAAAUUUAAUUUAUGUACAAAAAUGAGGUCGUUGUUAUAAGUAUAUUUCUUUAAUCAUUUUUAUAAACCAAACACUAUUUUAAAUUGCAAGAUAAAUUUGUUUUGUAGGUUUGUAUGAUAAUUUACAGAUAACAGUGAAACAUUUUGUGGUACAUGUAUUUGCAUUGAUAUUUUGUUUAUUGAGAACUAAAUAACGCAUAAUGUUGCCGAGUCCCAUACAGCUGCUGAGAUUAAUAAUGUUGCCUGCUCAAGAUAUUUAAUGGUCAAAUAUACACUUGAGUAGAGUGUUAAAAAACAAAGGGGUCUGUUUUGGGAACAUGUAGUUCUGAGGUCAUGUCUGUAGACAUUUCUUUUAAACAGACUUUAUCAUCAACCAUAUUGGUUUAUAUUCAAAUCAUCUUCAUUAUUGAUGAGAAUGGGACACAGAAAUCCAAAGGAAUAGAUGUUGAAAAAAGCUCAACUUAAGGUCUUGAAGAUGCGAGGUUUCUAUAUAAUUAGCUUUCUUAUUUUAAUAUUAUUGCAGUGUAAAUUUCUGUAGUGUUUUUUUUUGUUUUUCUGUGAUUAUUAUAUUCUUCAUUCAAAUGGCCUUUGAGUAUUUAUUGUUUUAUUUCGAUAUUUAAUUAUCAUUUUAUGAUUUAUUGUAAGGCUCAAAACUUGAUACAUGUAUAGCAAUAGAAUGUGCAAUUCUUGGUUUAUCCCAUAAAUGAUGUUUUUUAGUACACCAAGUUUUUUAGUACACCAAACAUCAUAAUUAUGUACUCAAAGUCUCAUUUGAAUAGGUAAUUUAGUUUUUGGGUUUUGGACUUUAAUUCAAUAUAAAUUGCAUGUAUCAUAUUGAAAACACAUUGAUAUUCAUUGCAAAUAUACUUUUGAAUGUGUCUGUCAGCUUUCAUUGCAAAAGGUAUUCUGCGCAAGUAAAUGCAAUACUAUUUAAUAGGCAACUUGCAGGGUAAUCUGAUAUCUCGGCUGUUGGUGUUCCUUUAUUAUUUUGCAGUGAAUUACAAUUAUAAUCAUGUUUCUAUGCACUAGGAUUCAGGGUCAGCACGAUUAAAUGAUCAACGUUCUGGGAACACUGUGCUUAACACAUGUGUGUAUAGUUGCGUCCAAGAUAAGCCUGUGCAAUCCACACAGCCUUGUCUGGGACAACACUUUCCACCAACAUGUGAUUUUUUUUUAAUGGACCUUUAAGCAAUUUUUUUUAUAAAAGCGGAGAGUGUUGUCCUUGAUUAGCUUGUGCAGACUGCACAGGCUUAUCUAGGAGGCUCUUUAUGCACAUGCAUUAAGCCCAGUUUUCCCAGAUCAAGGCUAAAAUGUAUUUUUGUUUCAGAACUUACAUGAUUGAUCUUCCCUUUGUGUAGUAUGUUCAUUUGUGCCAGAGAUUAUUUUCAUGGAUUUUGUGCCUGUAAAAGAUUACCUCGGCAACUGCAAACUUUUUAUAUGAACAAUAAACCAAGUUUAUGCAAGUUUCUUUGUAAUUGCGUGCUGUAUUACUAAUGUACCAUUAUAAGCAAUAUAUGCUGGUUUUUUUUCAUAAAUAUGUAUGAUGUUUUAUUUGUCUAGCGCUUUUGCUGGUUAUAAAGUUUUUAGAUAUAUUUUCAACGAAAAAUGUGUUGGUUAUACCCUUCUCCAAGCCUCAAAGAUAAAGGUUACAGGUAAAGGUCAAAGUUGGCCUUUAAAUUGCCGGAAUGCAACUUUGUUCUUAAUCAUGCAAUUUUAAUAUAAAUUACCUCAAAUGACCACAAUCAAAGGUCAAAGUCACUCUUAGAGGUCAACUUGUUUCCGACAUUGGAGUUUUGAGACAAGCGGAAUGUGCGUGCAUCUGUUCCAUUUGGACAUAUGUCUUAUUUUGUUAUAUUUUUUUAGACACAGAUGAAAUGUAUACAUUUAAACAAUUACAAUUGUAUAGAUGACUUAAAUAAAUGACAACCUUGAUUUGAAACACUGCAUUGUUGCCCAUUUACAAACGCAAGUAACAGCAGUUGUCGGAAGACGUCAAAUUUUACCACGUUUUUAUACAUUAAAAGUCCUGUACUGAAUGUGAAACUGGUGUGUUAUCAAUACAAAUAUUAAUGGUUAUCAACAAAAUGUGUUGCAUUGUGUCUAAUCACAUGCAAGUAAAGUUGCUGAUUUACUUAUAUCCAUAAUAUAGCCUCAUUUUUAGCUCAUCUAUUUUUGGAAAAAAAAAGAGCUAUUGUCAUCUCCUUGGCGUUGGCGUCCGGUUAAGUUUUGUGUUUAGGUCCACUUUUCUCAUAAAGUAUCAAAGCUAUUGCAUUCAAACAUGGAACACUUACUUACUAUCAUGAGGUGACUGGGCAGGCAAACUUAGAUAACUCUGGCAGGCAUUUUGACAGAAUUAUGUUCCCUUUUUAUGUCCCCCACUAUAGUAGUGGGGGACAUAUUGUUUUUGCCCUGUCUGUCUGUUGGUCUGUCUGUCUGUUUGCGCCAACUUUAACAUUUUGCAAUAACUUUUGCUAUAUUGAAGAUAGCAACUUGAUAUUUGGCAUGCAUGUGCAUCUCAUGGAGCUGCACAUUUUGAGUGGUGAAAGGUCAAGGUCAUCCUUCAAGGUCAGAGGUCAAUUAUAUGUGGCCAAAAUCGCUCAUUUUAUGAAUACUUUUGCAAUAUUGAAGAUAGCAACUUGAUAUUUGGCAUGCAUGUGCAUCUCAUGGAGCUGCUCAUUUUGAGUGGUGAAAGGUCAAGGUCAUCCUUCAAGGUCAGAGGUCAAAUAUAUGUGGCCCAAAUCGCUUAUUUUAUGAAUACUUUUGCAAUAUUGAAGAUAGCAACUUGAUAUUUGGCAUGCAUGUGUAUCUCAUGGAGCUGCACAUUUUGAGUGGUGAAAGGUCAAGGUCAUCCUUCACAAGGUCAAGGUCAUCCUACAAUGUCAAACAUCAUAUAGGGGGACAUUGUGUUUCACAAACACAUCUUGUUAUACUUAGAAAAUUGAAAAUUUGUUUAAGUUUUGUGUUUAGGUCCACUUUUCUCAUAAAGCUUCAAAGCUAUUGCAUUCAAACUUGGUACACUUACUCACUAUCAUGAGGGGACUGGGCAGGCAAAGUUAGAUUACUCUGGCGUGCAUUUUGACAGAAUUAUGUGCCCUUUUUAUACUUAGAAAAUUGAAAAUUUGGUUAAGUUUUUUGUUUAGGUCCACUUUAUUCCUAAAGUAUCAAAGCUAUUGCUUUCAUACUUGCGACACUUAAGGGGACUGUGCAGGCAAAGUUAUUUAACUCUGACUGGCAUUUUGACAGAAUUAUGGCCCCUUUAUACUUGGAAAAUUGAAAAAUUUGUUAAGUUUUGUGUUUUGGGCAUCUUUACUCUUAAAGUAUCAUAGCUAUUGCUUUCAGACUUGGAACACUAAAAAACUAUCAUAAGGGGACUGUAUGGAACAAGUUGCAUAAAUCUGGUUGUCAUUUUGACGGAAUUAUGGCCCUUUUUUGACUUAGUUACUUUGAAUAUAUGAUUAAAUUUUGUGUUUACAUCCACUUUACUUCUAAAGUAUCAAGGCUAUUGCUUUCAAACUUCAAAUACUUUCAUACUAUCAUGAGGGUACUGUACCUGGCAAGUUGAAUUUUACCUUGACCUUUGAAUGACCUUGACUCUCAAGGUCAAAUUUUUAAAUUUUGCAAAAAUUGCCAUGACUUUGUUAUUUAUAAUCAGAUUUGAUUGAUACUUUGACAAAACAAUUCUUACAUGACAUACUACAAUAGACUCCACCCAAACCAUCCCCCAUGCUCCCCCCGAAUCCCCUCCAAACAAAAAACUUUUUUUUUUUUUAAAGAUCAUCUGAUAAAUGACCACACCCUCACACUAUACCCCCCCCAAUUUUUUUUUGAAACAUGGUUAAAAAACAAAAAUAUUUAUUUUUAUUAUUUUAUUUUUGAAAGACCAUCCAACUAACCCACCCAAGAAUCCCCCCCUCCCCCCAAAAAAACACAAAUUUAUUUUGUUUUUGCAUUUUUAUUUCUUAUUUUUGGAAGAUAAUGCAAUAAAUGACCACACCCCCACACUAUACACCCCUCUACACCCCACCCAUCCAUCUUUUUAAAUUGAAGUAUUGAGAUGGUUCCCUUCACCUUUAAAAAGAAAAAUAGAUGAGAGGUCUGCACCCGCAAGGCGGUGCUCUUGUUUUAAUAUAGAUUGGUUGAGCACAGUGUAGUAUUACUUGCUUGAUAUGAGUAACCAUGUAAUAGAAAAAUUACAAUUGUAUAGUAAAAAACCUUUUUGUUUCCUUUUAAAUUAAGAAUGCUCUUUAUGCUAAAUUUGCAACAAAAUUAUACACAUUUUUCGGUUUGUAAAUGUUGCAGUAAACCUUAACAUGGAUUUAAACCCUCAUAAUAUGCAAUUGGGUGUUAACUCAUUUUAUGGUGUCUGCAAAUGUUUACCAACCAAAAGGUAGAUAAUUGCAAAGGAAAUCCAUUUAAAUUGCUUUAUUGGCAAGUUUUGCUCAUUAAGUAAUUAUUUCAAGUACAUGUAUUUGAUUACACAGGUAAUCCUAUUGGAAUUGCUUGCCCAGUAUACAUUAGUGUGAUAAAAUUGCACAAGACAAAGUAAAAAUGAUCAUCAAUUAUAGCUGUCUCUUUUGCAGAUGAAAAAUUGCACUUACCUUUAAACUGAUAUUAAGUUUAGUACUCUAAUAACUGCAAUUUCACAAGUGUUUCAUUAUGUAUUUAUACAUGUUCAGUGAAAUUUAUAAUAUCAGCAUUGCUGUGUUAAAUUUUUGCUGUGUCAUAAGCUAAAUGGUAUCAUGAGUUAAAUGAGACUGAUGCAUCUCAUUCAAUAUGUUGUUUAAGGUAUCCACCAAAAAAUACUCAACUUAUGUUUGUUUAAACUAUCAGUUUGCAUGAUGGCCGAAAGUUAUAGUUAACUCCUCUAAGUAUAUGUAAGCAUGUGAUGUCAUUCAGUGCUCCAGAUCUUGGUGUAGAGGAUAGAUGUUCAUGUACCAAAGUGUUCAAAGUUCCUUACGAUAUAAUGGGGUUAAAAUCAAACACAGUCCAAAAUAUAUCGUAUUGUUAAGUAAAAUAUCUUUGAAAAAAAUGUGCUCAACAAUGGAAAGGGUGAAUGUUUAUGUAUUAAACAGUUAUUGAAGUUGCAGAAAUGGUUACGGAAAUGUUCAGGGUAUUAUGUGUUUCUCACUGUUUUGGUAUUUCCUUUAAGUACAACACUUGUGUUGCAGGCUUUUUGUUACAUAUUCCUGCACUGUCCGGUUGAGGUAAUGGCUGAUUUUGUCUUGUUUUUGAUUAUUUGCUGCGUUUUAUAAUUUGUUCAAUUGUAUUAUGUUGGUUAUAGAAUUUGAAAAGUUCUUUUGAUCAAAGCAGGUGAUGCAACAAGUAUAUUUAAUUGGAACAAUAAUAUGCUUGUGGAUCCUACAUUAAUGAAUGUAAUAGUUAUGCCCCCCUUCAAAAGAGGGGGUAUAUUGCUUUGCUCAUGUCGGUCUGUCGGUCGGUCGGUCUGUCCGUCCACCAGGUGGUUGUCAGACGAUAACUCAAGAACGCUUGGGUCUAGGAUCAUGAAACUUCAUAGGUACAUUGAACAUGACUCGCAGAUGACCCCUAUUGAUUUUGAGGUCACUAGGUCAAAGGUCAAGGUCAUGGUGACCCGAAAUAGUAAAAUGGUUUCCGGAUGAUAACUCAAGAAUGCAUACGCCUAGGAUCAUGAAACUUCAUGGGUAGAUUGAUCAUGACUCGCAGAUGACCCCUAUUGAUUUUGAGGUCACUAGGUCAAAGGUCAAGGUCACGGUGACCCGAAAUAGUAAAAUGGUUUCCAGAUGAUAACUCAAGAAUGCAUACGCCUAGGAUCAUGAAACUUCAUUGGUAGAUUGAUCAUGACUCGCAGAUGACCCCUAUUGAUUUUGAGGUCACUAGGUCAAAGGUCAAGGUCACGGUGACCCGAAAUAGUAAAAUGGUUUUCCGAUGAUAACUCAAGAACGCAUAUGCCAAAGAUCAUGAAACUUGAUAGGUAGAUUGAUCAUGACUCGCAGAUGACCCCUAUUGAUUUUGAGGUCACAAGGUCCAAGGUCACGGUGACCCGAAAUAGUAAAAUGGUGUCCGGAUGAUAACUCAAGAAUGCUUAUGGCUAGGAGCAUGAAACUUCAUAGGUACAUUGAUCAUGACUGGCAGAUGACCCCUAUUGAUUUUCAGGUCACCAGGUCAAAGGUCAAGGUCACAGUGACAAAAAACAUAUUCACACAAUUGCUCUCACUACAACGGAGAGCCCAUAUGGGGGGCAUGCAUGUUUUACAAACAGCCCUUGUUUUAAUUUGUGUUACACAUAUGGCAUUUUAAUGGUGUUAAGAGAGCUCACUAUGAGAGUGAUAUUAUAAAGGAAUGCUCUGGUUCAUUAACAGCAUUUCUGAUGUUCUGAGAAAUGAUAUAUUUAUUGUCCAAUUAGCCCAGCGUCUUGUUUAUAUGCAAUGAUUCUGUGAAUCUUUUGUAUAACAUCAUUGGAACCCACUGUAUAUUUUCUGUUGAUUCUACAUAAUAUACCAUGUGGAACUGCCUGUUGAAAUUUCUUUUUCAUAAAUGAUGAUUAGAAAAACUAUUGACCAAUUAAAUUUCACUUUAAAUUCAAAUUCUCUUGAAUGAAUGAUAAGGAUAAAGGUGAGUAUGCCCUGAGCGGAAAAUAACGCUGAAUGUUACAAAGCAAUCUCGGCCUGCAUUGUAAGUGGAUUGAAAACAUGUCUUUUCAUAGGUUGAAAUUCCCUGCAGAAUUAGACACAAAAACCAAUGAGGUGUCUCGUAAAUUUUCAUGACUUCUAAAUAUUGCUAGACUUCUCCCAAUCAAGUAGUCAAUAAAGAAGCAUAGUGUAUUUGAGUUUUUUUUAAUUUUUAUUUUUUAAAUUUGUAAAUCAUUUUCACAAUUCAAAAAAUUGGCAAUUGGAAUAUAAAGAUAUCCACAUGUUGAUGGAAAAUAACACUUAACUAUAGAUUAUGUUAAAAAUUUAGUCAAUGUAUGUAUGUUGUAAAACAAAAUGUAUUAGACAUGAUAAAAACCAGUAUAUACCGUGUUGUGCCAUAUGUAUCUGCAUUGUUAACAAAGUAGCUCUUAGUAAAAAGUCCUGUAAAGUUGCUAUGUGAAGGAGGAUUGCAGUUUUGAUCAGUGUUCUAAAUUCUCGUUUCAAAGAAAAUAAUUUACUAUGUUAAUAUAAUGCAACAAGUUGUUCGUCUGUAAUUUAUUUGUAAUACUGUAGAAUACAAUUAUUAACAAA